GCUUCCUCCAGCGGGCACUGCAUCGAACACUUUUAGAGAUGAAGUGUUUUCGUCCAUUCGGACAACAAAAUUCCAGCGUAGCCGCUGUCUUUUUAUUCGCUGGACUAUGUCAAUGUCGUCGUAUAACUCGUACAUCUCAUCGACCCAUCGUCUGCGGUAUUCGCCGUUGCCAAUGUUUGCCAUAAAUCUUGCGCAAAACCUUUCUCUCGAAAACCCCAAGAGUCGUCUUAUCGGAUGUUGUCAUCUUCCAAGCUCAGCGCCAUACAUCAGGACCGGAAUAAUGAGCGACUCGUAGUUUUAUUUUGGUUCGUCGAGAGACGAGAGAGACUUUGACCCUUGGACAGCAAAAUUGUUGGGUAUUCUACGGAUGUAACGGGCAGCGACUUUGUCCAGUAUGCAAACCUAAAAAUUAUCAAAAGAAAUUUACUGACAAUGACGUACUUCAAAAGAAUACGUCAAAGAUGCAACGUUUAAAGCGAUUAAUUCAUUAACAGGACUGUCGAGACGUUUUGAACAACAUCUGUUUUUAAUUAAUAAAGUUUACAAAGUGGCAAAACAUUUUGACUAAUUAACGCCUUCAAGCGCUAGCCAUCAAUUAACGUAAAAACUUGUCGAUAACAAAGUAAUUGCUAUAAAUAAAUGCAUACUUUAAGGCGCACAACCAUUGCAGUGUGCGCUUCGAAAGUGUAAAGUAUGGCUAGUCUUCGAGAACGUUUCAACCAAGUGAAUCUGCGUGCGUUCCCCUCCGAGGCUGGCAAAGGCCAAAUCGGUUCGAUUGAAUUCAAUAUUUGGCUAUCACAAAUGGUUGGUGUACCGUUACCGCCAUCAUUUGUGCCGCUACGCCGACGACCGCUUAUCAAUGGAUUAUUGCUGACCUAUGGUUGUACUUUGACGUUCUUACAUUUUUGCUACGUGCUUUUCGAAUUCUAUGAUAUGUACAUCUAUUGGUCGGAUUUCUAUGCGUUCACGCAAAAUUUCUGCUUAUCGAUGUCGCAUUUUUCGGGCGCUCUGAAGAUUUCUAACCUGUUAUUCCAUUUGGGAACACUGCAGGGCGCUAUUUUGAAGCUGAAGCACGUUACGAAGACGUACAUUAAAACGGAAAAGCAGCUCCAGAUAUUCGCCCGUGCGGAGUUGCAAAACAAGCUCUUCCUCAUCAUUUACGCCACAGUUGUUGGCUUCACCGGUUUUACGGCGAUGAUUAUGCUUUUCAUAGUUUCAGAUCCCGAUAUGGCUGGUAAAAUAUUUCCAUUUCGCAUAACAUUGCCUGCUUGGUUGCCCUUUUAUAUGCAGGUGGCUUAUAUAGGUGUUACGGAUUUCAUGUUCGCCGUGCAAAUUGUCACGGUUGAUUAUCUAAAUAUAAGCAUGAUCAAUUUACUACGCUGUCAUUUGAAUAUCAUCAAAUCGACUUUUGAUGAACUCAUUUUGGAUGAACAGAAUGCGAGGAGGGAUAUGAAGCGUGAUCCCAAUGCACGAAUGGCUGAUAUUGUGGAGCAUCAUUGCAUUUUAAAAUCCGUGCGUGACGACGUUGAAUACAUUUUUAAUCUGGCUGUAUUACUACAAUUCUUCACUUCACUAAUUGUCUCAGCUGUGACGGGCUUUCAGGCGACUAUGCAUUCCAGCAACUCCAACAGUAUGAUGAUUAUGUAUUUUUAUUGUUUCUGCAUUUUUACCGAACUCUUCGGUUAUUGUUGGUUUGGCCAAGAGGUUAAUGAACAGAAUAACACGCUCGCAGCACGUGGUUACGGUUCAUCUUGGUAUCAUUUCGAUCAACGAUUUCGGAAGUCGCUCGCCAUUUUUCUGCUAAACGCUCAACAGCCGUUUAAUUUCACUGGCGGCGGAUUUAUUGACUUGUCAUUGCCCAGUUUUACGAAUGUAAUGAGUAAAGCUUACAGCUUUAUUGCUGUACUGCAUCGAAUGUACGGACGUUGAGUGGCUGAUUUUAUUGUGAAGAGGUCUAAAGCUUUAAAUAUGCCUUUAAGAAAGACAGAAGUUAAUAAAUAAUAAUUUAACAAUUAAACAAAUUCUAUUUAUUUUCUCAAAAAGUCGGUUGGAAGUACCGAGGACGCACUCAGAGUUAUAUACAGUUUACGAUCAACGAAUCGGGAACUUAAUUUUUUUUACAACAACCUUAAACUACCGGAUAAUUGGUUGGAGAGGUUACUCAACUGACUAAUUUAGUCUCAUCAUUAUCCAGUAGUCUUUCUCGAUUAUUUGUAAAAUCGGAUGGAAGGUUUUGAGUGAAUUUUGUGGUUGAAUACGAGAUCUAUGAGAAAUAUACUGGCAAGUAGAAUUAGACAUCUAUACAUAAAAGUAGUUCCUAUCAGAUAAAGAUAGUUAGAUUACCGGCAGAACUAAUCAAAUACGGCGGCGAAGAACUGAUAAGGUGCAUGCAUCAGCUUCUUUGCAGAAUAUGGUCGGAAGAAAGCAUGCCUGACGAUUGGAAUCUCAGUGUGCUCUGCCCAAUCCAUAAAAAGGGAGAUCCCACAAUCUGCGCCAAUUACCGUGGGAUCAGCCUCCUAAAUAUCGCAUACAAGGUUCUAUCGAGCGUACUGUGUGAAAGACUAAAGCCCACCGUCAACAAACUGAUUGGACCUUAUCAGUGUGGCUUUAGACCUGGAAAAUCGACAACUGACCAGAUAUUCACCAUGCGCCAAAUUUUGGAGAAGACCCGUGAAAAGAGGAACGACACACACCACCUUUUUGUCGAUUUUAAAGCUGCUUUCCACAGCACGAAAAGGAGCUGCCUUUACGCCGCGAUGUCUGAAUUCGGUAUCCCCGCAAAACUAAUACGGCUAUGUAAAUUGACGUUGAGCAAAACCAAAAGCUCCGUCAGGAUCGGGAAGGACCUCUCCGAGCCGUUCGAUACCAAACGAGGUUUCAGACAAGGUGACUCACUAUCGUGCGACUUCUUUAACCUGAUGCUGGAAAAAAUUAUAAGAGCUGCAGAGCUAAACAGAGAAGGUACAAUCUUCUACAAGAGUGUACAGCUCCUGGCGUACGCCGAUGAUAUUGAUAUCAUCGGAAGCAAUAACCGCGCCAUUUCUUCUGCUUUUUCCCGCAUGGAUAAGGAGGCGAAGCGAAUGGGUCUGGAGGUGAAUGAGGACAAGACGAAAUAUCUCCUGUCAUCAAGCAAACAGUCGGCGCAUUCGCGUCUUGGCUCCCACGUCACUGUUGACAGUCAUAACUUCGAGGUCGUAGAUAAUUUCGUAUACCUGGGAACCAGCAUCAACAACACGAACAAUGUCAGCCUCGAAAUCCAGCGCAGAAUAACUCUUGCCAACAGGUGCUACUUUGGACUGAGUAGGCAAUUGAACAGUAAAGUCCUCUCUCGACGAACCAAAAUCAAGCUCUACAAGUCGCUUAUAAUUCCCGUCCUGCUUUACGGUGCAGAAGCUUGGACGAUGUUAACAUCAGAUGAGACGACACUAGGAGUUUCCGAGAUGAAAAUUUUGCGCAAGAUUUAUGGUCCUCAGAACAUUGGCAACGGCGAAUACCGCAGACGAUGGAACGAUGAGCUGUACGAGUUAUACGACGACAUUGACAUAGUUCAGCGAAUAAAAAGACAGCGGCUACGCUGGCUAGGUCAUGUUGUCCGAAUGGACGAAAACACUCCAGCCCUGAAAGUGUUCGAUGCAGUACCCGUUGGAGGGACCAGGUGGAGAGCGACCUGGUUACACUGGGGUCUCCAACUGGCGCCGAACUGCGAAGGAGAGAGAGAGGUGGCGCACUAUCGUCGAUUCGGCUAUAACCGGCUAAACGGUUGCAACGCCAAUCACAUACAUAGAUCAGAUAAAGAUGAAUAAAAAGUUUGUCUUAAGCAUGCUUUUCAGCAUGAGAACGGUAUUUUUAUAAAAUAUUUAAAAUUAAUAUAAAUUUUGUCGAAUUCUGAAAUCUGUAGAAACAAGGUUAACGUCUACAUAAAUCGGAAGUAACCUUAAAUUUAAA